UACGACCGGAAGUAGCUGUGUGUUUCAUAUCCAAAACAGUCAUGUCUGCCGUGUGAGGAAGAAAAAACGACAACGUUUGAGAGAUUUAACACUUUUUUUGGACAAAUAAUUUAAUUUAAAAUUCUUCAUCACAAUGGGAGGAGGAGAUCUCAACUUGAAGAAAAGCUGGCAUCCCCAGACACUGAAGAACAUCGAGCGCGUGUGGAAAGCCGAGCAGAAACAUGAAGCCGAGAGGAAGAAGAUCGAAGAGUUGCAGAAGGAGCUGAAGGAGGAACGAGCUCGAGAGGAAAUCACCAAAUAUGCGCAGGAAACGGGCGCCGUCAAGAAGAAAGAUGAGCGCCUGGACUGGAUGUACCAGGGUCCAGGAGGACAGAUCUCCCGUGAGGAGUACCUCCUCGGCCGUCCAGUAGACAAAGAAAUCACGCAGCAGUACGAGGAACCCGAGAGCGGACCGUCUGCCGAAACGGGUCUCCUGCCCGGUUCAAUUUUUAAUUCUGCUACCUCGAUCUCCAGCUUGGAUAUGGCCUAUAAAAUCAGAGAAGAUCCGCUGUUCGAGAUCCGGAAACGCGAGGAGGAGAAAAAGAGAAGUGUUCUGACAAAUCCGGUUAAAAUGAAAGAGAUUCGCAAAAUGUUACGUGAAAAUUUAGAAAAGGAGAAAAAGAAGAAAAGGAAGAAGGACAAGAAGGAAAAGCGAGACGAUAAAGAAAGGAGGAAGGAGAAGAAACACAAACGGAGGAGUUCCAGCUCUGAUGAGGAAGACAGAAAACACAGGUCAAAGGAAGAAAACGUCACAAACUCUCAUUCGCAUCACAAAUCCAGUUACGGACUGCAGUUCCCAGCAGGCAGGUCGCAUCAGUCGUCAGAGUCGAGCUACAGGAGGGAGCGGAGUCGCUCUCCGCUGGGAUCCAGAGAGGAAAAGAGGAACCGUUCACCUCAUGAUCCAGACAGGAAGCACAACGCUAAAGCACCGAGUCUGGCGAAACCCAGAGAGAGAUAUCACAGACCACAGAGCACUAACUACAGCAAGCGUCUCACAGCUGAAGAGCUUGAAAAGCGGAGGAACGAGAUGAUGGGCUUCGCACGUGCGAGAGAGGAAGAGCGAGAAAGCAACGUGCUGAGGUAUAAAAAAGAAGACGAGCAGGAGAAAGAGAGAGACAGCAAAACCAGACACAGCAGCCACGCCUCGUUCAUACACAACAUGAAGCUGGAGAGCGCUGCCUCCUCGUCCGUGGAGGAUCGCGUGAGGAGGAACAUCCACUCCAUUCAGAGGACCUCCUCCUCUCUGGAGAAGAACUUUAUGAGAAAGUGAAGAACAACGAUGUUCACCAGCAGUGACGUUCCCAUAAAUAUUUUAAAACAAACUUGUACAGAUCAUUUUAUUUGUCUAGUGGUCCAUUUGUACAGGAAAAUAAAUAAAAUGAUGUUUAAAAUUGUAACCAGUUCAUUUUCGUAAAGUUUUGUUUGUUUGUUUUUUUUAAAACGAUUAAAAACAUGGAUUAGAAAUUA